UUAAAAUGGAAGCCUCCAUAGCCAAGAACCUCUCAGACACAGGCUCAGUAAACCGUGAACAGGAUGAAAUACAUUCCUUGUGCAAAGUUGCAACUGAAUCUUUCAAAAACGAUGACAUUCAAACAGCACUGGGGAAAUUCAAAAAGGCGUAUAUGCUAUCCUGUAAGGUGCCUGACAAAAAAAUCCAAAAAGUAUGUUUAUUUAAUCUUGGGGCAGCCUACAUUUGUGUUGGAAAACCAAAGAAAGCCCUAAAGUGUCUUCUUAAAUCAACAACUGACAGUGGAGCAGAAGACAGAACUGGUGAUCUGUUUUUCAACUUAGCGGUCGCCUAUGAUGAAAUGAAAGAACAUGGAAAAGCAGUGAAGUUUUAUGAAAAAGCCAUCAAUGAAUAUGGAUUGAGUGAAAUAAAUAACAUUUCAGAUGCGCUGAUCAAGCUUGGUUACUGCUUUGUCAGCCUUGGGAACCUUCCCUCAGCAGCACAUUCAUUUAGGCUUGCAGGUCAUUCAUAUCAAAAGAUUGAUUACAUGGAAGAUACUGCAAUGGCCAUGAGAGAGGCAGCAAAUUAUAUGAUAAAGAGCAAAACCUUUUCAAAGACUGAAAUUCUCCAGACCUUGGAUUCUUGUUUAGUGUGGUGUAAAAGACUGUCAGACAAGCAGCUACUGGGGAUGCUUUAUAACCACCUGGGCCUGCAUUAUGCUGAAACGGAUUGCUUCAGCCAAGCCAGAAAAUGUUUCUAUGAAAGUAUGAAUCUGUGCAGAGGUACACAAUUCUCUGUUAGAAAAAUGGCUGUGUUACUGCAAAACCUGGGAGCAGUGGACAAUGCUCUUAACCAGUAUGAAAAAUCUCUCAGGUGCCAUGCAGAAGCUGCAGAUAUGUAUGGAACUCUGGGUGAAAGAAAUGCACAGGGACAGUGCCUAUGCAACUUGGCCUUUGCCUACAGCCAACUGAGAAACUAUAAGAUGGCAGAAUUCUACUACCAACAGGCAAUGAAUGCAUUUGUGGAUGCAGGUGAUUUGCUGAAACAGUGUCAAGUCAGUGAGGGACUGGGUGCCACACAUUUUUGCCUAGGUAACCCAGAUCAGGCCAUAUUCUACUACAAACAAGCUCUUACUCUGUUUGGAAAGUCAAAGGAAACAUCUAAUAUUCCCAGAGAGAGGAUUUUGGCCAAACUUACAGAUGCCAUUAAGUAUAAAUGACAAAUGAACAUUCAGCAUCAGAGUGAAAACAUAUCUUGCACAAUAGCAGAAGCGAGUCAAAGGUUCUGAUAACAUGGCUGCUGAUAGAAGCAAUAAAUUAAUUUUGAUUUUUAGUUCCAGUGAGUGUUUAUACCAUCACUUACAAAGGACACUGGAUAUCCCAUUAUCCAUAUGAUUUAGCUGUCCAUUUAGGCAGUGCAAAUUUUUGCCAAGAUAACCAUUCACUAGAAAAAAUACUUUAUGCUGAGCAGAGCAAAACCGACUCAAUGUGUAUAUAUUUGAAGCAAAGCUCAUUUGCAUACUUCAUACUCAUUUUCAUACUUUUGUACAGUUAUGGGACCUGUUAUUCAGAAUGCUGUGGACCUGGGGGU